CCUGCAGAACUACAUCACGUCAAAAGUCAAACCCGAAGUACUGAUUUUGGUGGCUACAAAAGAGGCUGUAAGAUCGUGAAAAAAGAAACAAAUGUGCCAGAACUUCACACACAUCAUUGAGUAGCAUUUGUCAAUAUGAAGACCGCAACUUCCACACUCAUUCUGCUCUUAGCAGCCACAAUCAAUGCGCAGUUCUACAACGAGACCUCCAAGCCCUUCAACCUGGUCUUAACAUCCGAAAACACAACAAUCAACGGCUCCACACUGUCAGCAUGCCACACCGGUGCCGCUCUCGAAUCGCUCUGCCUCUCUAAAGGCGGCGGCGUCUCAAACCCCAAUCCCAUCACAGCUGCCACAUUCAACUUCAACACCUCCACCAACCCAUUCACUCCUAAUGCUACUCUCGGCACUCCUGGAAUCUUGACAUGGACCCUGAAGACCAGCAGCAUCGACGUGCCCUCCAGCGUGUACUUCAACUACGAUCCCACUACUGACUCAGCCAUUCCCAUCCUCACACCUGGAUCCGAAAGACCACAGUUGCUCGCGUUCGACGAUCAGGAUAGACUGAAUGUGCAGGGAUAUAUUGAUUGGACCGCAAACCCGCCAAAUGGGACAGGGACGACUAUGGGUUACUACAGGUGGUAUGCUUGUCAGACGUACUUCUCUGGAUAUGCCUACGAGAACCUUGCCUGGGGGCUUGGAGCUGGGAAACCGGAGAAUCCGACGUGUGUGAGCGUCGGAGUGAAGAGGGUUUUUGUUUGAGACGGCAGAUGAUCCACAUGUCGGUUGGAGGUAGUUUGUCGCUGCAUCAGUAAUACCGGUAACUGUAAUCCAUUGCACCACCCAGAUCGUCCCAAUCCUAGUCUCCUGCAUCUCUUCUCCUAACUCUCUCUCUUUUGCCCUUUCCAGAUACCAACUCUCUCUGUUCUUCUCUAAAAGCUUAUCGUCGAACACCGCCUGAUCGAAUUUGUCCUCGUUCUUCGGUCAAAACUUUGUGUAUGCCUCGCCGU